AUGCCACCUCCACCUGACCAUCCUCCUCCACCUGAGCCUCCCCUACCUGAUGAGCCUAUACCUAUCCAGCUUAUCCAUGAGGCACCUCCUGCACCUUUUAUCCUUGAUGAGUGGGGUGUUCCUGUGUUGCCACCCGAGCUUGAUCCUUUACCUGAGCCGAUCGAGCCUCCUGUCUUUGAUGAGCAGCAGGGACAUGAGUAUGAUCAGAUCAUGGAGGCGCCACCUCCUUCUCCAGACUGUAUUUUGUUUGGUAGCUAUCCUUUUAUGGUUCCUGUGGCCAGCAGUGGUUCCUCUGCUAUCACUCCAGCAGAAGAAGAGGACGAGGAAGAAGAAGAUCCAGAGGAAGAUCCUAACUUCAUAGUUAUCUCCUCUGACAGCGAUGACGAUGAGCCAGGCGAGGCGCCAGCAGGCGAGCACCACCAUUCGCCCGGUGAUUUUCCAAUCAGGAUGCCUCCACGGAGACGUAGCGAUCGGGAAGGGUCUACUGUUAACAAUCCGCCACGAAACGAUGAUAAUCUGUUUGCUGUGAUUCACGCUAUGGCUGAGGCUGUGCGUGAAACGGUGACUGCUACUACCCGAGCAGUUAACCGUCUGGGGGAACGUAAUGGAGAGUGUAACAAUGACCGUAAUGGUGAGAAUGGUGGGAACGGUGAUGGAGAUAACAUGAAUCAUGAUAGGCCUAUGACAUUAGCUGCUUUCUUGAAAGUUAAUCCACCGAAGUUCAAGCGUACGACUGUAGCAACUGAAGCUGAUAAUUGGUUCUGA